GCGAAAAAUCCCCAAACCCAAACCCUAACCCCCUUCGGUUCCCGGCCAUGGCCUCGCCCGGCACGGAUGACGACAUCGGCGACGAGCACCUGUUCGACGGCGUCCGCUUCUUCCUCGUCGGAUUCGAGAGCGACGUCGCGUCCCAGUACCGGUCGGAGAUGGAGCGGCGCGGCGGCGCCGACGCCGGGCCGUCGGGCAACGGGUGCACGCACGUGGUCGUGUCGAACCUCUUCUACGAUGACCCGACGUGCGUGGCCGCGCGUGCAGAGGGGAAGAAGGUCGUCAGCGAGCAGUGGGUAGAGGACAGCUUGGAUUGCGGGGAGCUUGCUGAUGCUGAUAGGGUUAUCUAUUGGCCGGUGAGACAUUCGAAGGGAAUACCGGGUGCGCAAUCACUGCUUAUUUGCUUGACGGGUUACCAAAAAAACUAUCGCGAAUACAUAACGAAAAUGGUUUCUUUGAUGGGAGCACGAUUCUCCAAACCUUUGUUAGCAAAUGCAGUCACUCACCUUAUUUGCUAUAAAUUUGAAGGUGAGAAGUAUGAGGUUGCGAAAAAGGUGAACAUCAAACUUGUUAAUCACCGGUGGUUGGAAGACUGCUUAAAGGCAUGGAAAAUUCUCCCAGUCGAUGAUUAUAGUAAAAGUACUUGGGAUCUAGAGUUAAUGGAUGCACAAGUCAAUGACUCUGAACAUGAAGCAGAAGCUGCAGGUCCAAGGCCAUUGAACAAUAGGUCCAAUGUCAGGUGCACCCCCAAAUCAAAAAAUUGCGAGGAAGCUUUUGUGGAGCCUGAUGUCGAUGCAUCAAAGCGAUCACCUAUCACUCCCAGUGGCAAUAGACAGGUAGUUGCAGGAGGGAAUUUGAACACCCCUGGUAAUACCAUGAACACAGAAUAUGCAGACAGCAAGCCACAUGAUACUAUAGGCCAAGGCAGUCCUAACUCUAAUUUAUUGGCAGUUUCUGCAAUGGAUGAUGUCCUCGCACCCAUUCAAACUUCAUUCGGCCUCAGUCAAAAGAGAGAUAACUCUGUAGUAAGGAACAUAAAUAGCCCUCUGCAGGAAGCUGAAGGAAAAUAUGUUGGUGUAAAGACACAGGACCUUGCAAGUGGUAUUCUAGGCCCUCCAAGCUCAAGGGAAGUGACUGUUUUUAGUAAUUAUCAUUUAAAUACCUUGAAUGGGACUCCAGGCAUUCUAAAUGUCCAUACGGAUAAUGCUUCUGGAAAAUCUUCUACCAGUCAUGACCAGAUCUAUGUUGCUAAAGUCUUAUUGACCAGCCCUUCGAGAGGAAAUCAGUCUGUGAAUGAUCUCGAUUCAUCAAAAGUUAACAGAUGGCAGCAUCAGGAGAAGGAUGGACCCUCAGGUACUGAUGUCACAGGUGCUUGUUGGUUAACUACUGAUGACAUGGUCACCAAUCAUGAGUCCAAUCCAAAAUCAGGAGGUGAUUCCAAAUCCAACAGCAUCAAGAACACAAGGAACUCUAAAAAGGCCUCUCGGAAGUCAUUGUUACCAGAAGGGCGUUCAGUUAACCAUAUGGCAUCACCUAAGAAGGCUGAAGAAAGCACACCAAGAGCUGACUCCAAUAUUUCUUCAUUACAAAUGGGACAUCAAAAGAUUUUUGAGCAUGCUGACGUUCAGAGCAUGAAAGGCAAUGAAAAUAUAAAGACUGCGGAUGGACUAGAUGGUGCACAUGCUCAGAAAAGGAAAAGCUUAGUGUCCCCAUCUAGCCUAAACUUGCAAAAGGAAGAUCCGGUUUCCGAAACUGGUCCUUUAGAUUCUCCAUUUGUUAGUUGGCUCAGUGAUGCAUCUGAUGCCGAAGCUAAUGCUUUAAGUUUUGGAAAGCAACAAUCUAGCUUAUCUACAAGCAGAAAAACAAGAUCUAGGAAGACUUCUAUCAAGCAUGGUGGUCCCAUUAAUGGAAUCAAGCUUCCUGAAUCUUCUUCAAGUGAUAAGAAUGUAAAAUCUUUGCCGAAAGCAAGAAUGUCACUCAAAGCAAUGGCAGAAAACAAAUCCACGAGUCCUUCACCCACUGUUCAAGACGGAAGGACAAGGUCCAGUUUCUCCUUUCAAAAUAAGGACAGGGAAGAUACACAAGGUAGUGGUAAUGCAGUGAAUCAAGAUUGCUUGCACGAGAUAGGAAGUGCCUGCACAAAGGAUCAGGCACAUGACAAAUCUGUACGCAGUUCAAGUAUUUCACACGUCGUUUCCUCUUCUGGAAAUGCUGGCACCAAGAUAACUGAUCCACUCAAAGUCAAUGAUAAUGAAGUGGCAGUGGCAUCAAAUUCUGAACUUGAGAAAGUGGUGUCUGUUGCCAGUGUGAAAGAAGGCAAAAAACGAUUUAAAGACACUUCAAGAAAUGCUCUUGGUGAAACCAGUAAUUCAAAGAAAGUAGCAACUCAUGUCGGAAGGAAUGCAGGUGCCAAGAGGCCUCGAGGUGCUAGUAUUGAGGCUGAAGGAUCACCUAUUAACAGUGGUAAGAAAGUUGUUUCUGAGUCGUGGCCUGGUUUUCCUCAUGAACAUGCUGAUCCAGCCUCUAAAAGUGGCUGCAGCUCGGCAAGUGCAGCUGAACUCAAAACAAAUCCUCCAAAGAAAGCACUGAUUUGUAGAGUAACAGAUAUUGUUGCAAAGAGGACACGAAAUGCUUGCGCCAAGAUAGAUGACGCACGGCUAGCUUCUGGAUUGGAAUUCAGUAAGGUGAAUUCUCAAGAACAUAUUGAGAUAAACCCCAAAAAGUUCUUUGACAUUCAAAAUGCUGAUGAACAUCAAAGAAAUUCGCCGAAGAAAAUACCAAGCACCAGAGUAAGUAAUAAAGCUGCUAAGAGGUCACGGAAAUCUGACACCAACACAAGCAAUGAAACACUGGUUGACAAAAGCGAGACAGUGGCGACUGGUUCAUUGUUUGAUGAUUUGUUUCCCUCAGACAAUGUUGAAGAAUGCCCUAAAAAUCUUUCUAGUUGUGCAAGUGCUAGUGACUGUGGAACACUUACCCCCAAGACCAUAUCGAAUGCCAGAAUUAGGAAUGCAGUUCCCAAGAGGAAAAUGAAAACUGUAGAAGACAAGUCAGGUAGUAAGUGUGGCAAAGUUGGUACUGCCAUUGCAUCAGUAGCAAAAGCUGUCUCAUCAAAGAGAGCCGAAAAGAUUUCAUGCAAUAUCAACAAAGUAACUGCUGAUCAGGACUCCGAGAAAUCCAAUAAGGAUGUGAUAAGGGAUGUUUCUGGAUUGUUUUGCCAAGAUUCUGGCACUGUAGACAAGCAAGAAGGACCACACAAUUCUAAGUUGAGAAGCAGCAAAAGAAAUAAAGUUCCAACUUCAUAUCAUGAAAAGGAGAACAGACUAGACUGUAGUAAUCUCAACUCUAAAUCAAAUAGAACUGGCAGUUUGUGUUCCAAAUCUGAUGCAAAAUCAAUUGAGAAACGCACACUAGUGCUCAGUGAACACCAAAGGGUAAAAGGAAGUAAAUCUGGAGCCUUGACCUUGAGUGAACCUUCAUUAUUUAUUUUGAGUGGAGAUCGUGAGCAGAGAAGGGAGUAUCGCUCAAUUCUUAGACGCCUGAAGGGACGAGUUUGUAGGGAUUCACAUCAUUGGACAUAUGAAGCAACACAUUUCAUUGCCCCAGAUCCUCUUAGGAGAACCGAGAAGUUCUUUGCAGCAGCUGCAGCAGGCAGGUGGAUACUCAAAAGAGAGUACUUGACGUCGUGCAUUGAGGCAGGCAAGUUUGUGGAUGAAGAACCAUUUGAAUGGUUUGGUACAGGCCUUAAUGAUGGAGAAACAAUCAGCUUUGACGCACCCAGAAAAUGGCGAAAUAUAAGGCAACAGAUGGGACAUGGUGCCUUCUACGGAAUGCAGAUCGUUGUCUAUGGACAGCUCAUAUUACCAACGCUGGAUACAGUGAAGCGCGCUGUAAAAGCUGGUGAUGGCACCAUUUUGGCAACAUCACCACCAUACACUCGAUUUCUAGACUCUGGAGUUGACUUUGCCGUGGUAUCAGCGAGCAUACCUAGAGCAGACGCAUGGGUUCAGGAAUUCAUCAGGCACGGUAUUCCCUGUGUCAGUGCUGAUUAUCUGGUUGAGUACGUCUGCAAGCCUGGCCACCCCCUCGAUCGACAUGUUCUCUUCAAGACGAACAAUCUGGCCAACAAGUCCCUUGAGAAACUCAAGAAGAACCAGGACGAGAUGGCCACCGAGGAGACGGAACAGUCGGAAGACGAAGACGAAGACGAUCCGGAGGACCUGAGUUGCUCGGCGUGCGGGCGCAAGGACCGGGGAGAGGUGAUGCUGAUCUGUGGCGACGAGGACGGUGAAACCGGUUGUGGGAUCGGUAUGCACAUCGACUGCUGCGACCCUCCCCUGGACGCUGUCCCCGACGACGAUUGGCUGUGCCCCAAGUGCGCCGUACCGAAAGCCAAGACAAAGCGUACUAGGGGCACUGAACGCAAGGCAAGGGGAUCCAGGCGAAGGUGAUCCGGUGAUGUUCUGUACUACACACCCUUGUUGUAUUGAACGGAAUAAAUGAACCAAUAAUCGGAGCCAUUGUAAAGUUAUCAGAAAUGCCGUCUCAGCAUUUCUUUGAUGACCAUUAUUCAUGUU